AUGUACUCAAGUAAACACGACUUCACAUUUGAGAAACUGAAUAUAACAAACACUAAAAAGGUCGAAGUUCCUUUUUUUGAGCCCAAUUCAUACAAAAUUAAAGUAAAGUCAUUUUGUCUUGAAAUGACUGAGACAGAUGUCAGACGUGUGAUUGUUUUCUGGAAGUACAAAGGUACAAACACGUGUACAAAUUGCUUUUUCUAUUAUGAUGAAGAGUCAAAGAUGGAGGAGUGUUUUAGUGCUUUUAAUUAUCGAGGGAUUGUUCGAAACGUGUUCGCCGAUUACGCCAACCACACUUUCAAACUCACUUUCAUCAUAGAAAACGGAUUUGUGUAUCGGAUUUACUAUCACAUUGGUAAGAAGGAACCAUUAACUGUGCAACGCUUCACACAAAAUGUCGAUUCUUCACAACGACCAAUUAACAUAUUUGAAGAAGACAUUGUGUUGCGCAAUAUACUUGGACAAAAGUUGGGUUACAUCUUUGAAAAUGAGAUCCGGUUAUACACCGAUGAUCGAUUUAAUGAUAUCAAAGAACCAUCUUUGGUACAUAUCAAAACGAUUGAAACAAACGAGCUGUUGUGUUGUACGUCAAAAUUCUACAUUACUGGAUACAACACAACCAAAUCACCAAAAGGGGUAUUUGGGUUUAUAACAAAUCGAACAUUGUGUGGAUUCGAAUUGAGGAAAUGGACGGACAGCGAACCCCUUGCCCAUUUUUCAGUCGCGCAAAGUGUCAUCAACAAUGUAACAUUUAACGAAGUAAAGGGUCUGAUAGCAUGUUCGGACGAAAAUGGGAGUUACUUCUAUGUGAUGAAGUACGAAGCGAAUAAAGGUGAUGUUCCAAAAAUACACCUCCAGACGACGUAUUAUAGAGGACUGACAAAGGCAAAAAUACAACAGUUGUUCAUCACUGAAGAUGGUAAAAUCCUUAUUGCUGUUUCGGGGAGAUCUGUCCGAGCAAUUCCCAUUCCUGAAAAUAGUACUGGGCAAUUUGUUGAUGAGAAGAAUAUAGUAACCAUCACAUUUAACAAAGAAAUGGAUAUUAGUGUGUGCACUCUAAAACAAACAGAAAAUAUAUAUACGUUUGUGAUCUCAACAGAAAUGGGUAUUUACUUGGCACUAAUUUCAUUGGACGCUAAACCUAAUGUGUUAAUGGGCGAAGAGACAAAAUUGGAAGGGAUGAUGUAUUCCCGUGAAGCUUCUACUAUCAUAGGAGAGUACAAAUUCUAUGAUGAUCAGGAUAACAAAGAAAAGAAAUACUUUGCAAAGUUUUAA